AUGUCACCCCUACACUUUAGCUUCUACUCCGCAUUUACAUUUAGCAGCCUAGGACUAGCAUUCCACCGAACCCACCUAAUCUCAGCCCUCCUAUGCCUAGAAAGCAUAAUACUCUCCAUGUUUAUUCCACUAUCAAUCUGACCGAUCGAAAACCAAACCCCAUCAUUUACCCUUGUCCCCAUCCUAAUAUUAGCGUUCUCAGCGUGCGAAGCUAGUACCGGCCUAGCUAUACUAGUAGCCUCCACACGAACACAUGGCUCAGACCACCUACACAACCUAAACCUCCUACAAUGUUAA